AAAUAACCUCCUAUUAUGUUACAUGCAACAUAAAUUUAAAAGAGCUGUGGUCAAAAUAGAAAAUUUUCAUUUAUUUAAGGUUCAAUUAUUAAAGAACGACGAUAAAAGAACAUUUUGCCUUCAAAGAGAAAAAAAGGGCCUCGGAUGACCGCUCGUGCUUCCGCUUCGUUUAAAUCAAAAUAACUGAUAAGGACCGUUUCAUCAAAGGUGUGAAAUGCAAAUUCUUCAAGGACGAAUGCUGGACAUUUUAACCGUUGCGAUUCCAAUCGGCGUUUACACGAUUUACAAAUUGCACAGCUAUAAAAAAACACUGAGGGACAUCGAAGCCGAGGUGAAAAGGCAGAAAUCAAUCGUGAACGAUGCGCUCUUUUUCAGAGCAUCGGGCGUCGGUGACUGCGAAAAGCACAUCUACAAAAAGAAGCUGUGUUUUAAGUCCGACUGCCCUUACAGGAAGCUAAGAUACAUCAUGGACUGUCUUGAGAGCUGUAGACAGUCUCUGGACGUAUGCAUCCACCUGCUAACGUCCAUGGAGAUCGCUACGUGCAUCAUCAAUGCCCAGAAGAGAGGCGUCAAAGUGCGUGUCAUUUGCGACAACGAGAUGUCGACGAACAAAGGAUCUCAGGUGCGCACCAUCAGCGAAGCAGGCGUAGCCGUAAGAAUCCCGCUGCUCAAUUACCACAUGCACAGCAAGAUAGCGAUAAUCGACAAAUGGAAAGUAAUGACAGGCUCGGUCAAUUGGACUGUCCAGGGCAUGUACGGCAACUGGGACAACCUUGUUGUAACGUCGCAGAAGGAUAUCGUGAAGAAUGCCAUGGACACAUUCGAGCUGAUCUGGAACGACCCAAAAACCGAAAUGUUCUGCUGAAUUUAUUUUUAUAAUAUUAUAAGGCUUAAUUUUA